GAGCCACCCCCAUUUCCUUUUUAAGUCCUCCACUCAUUGUCAUUGCAACUACCAUAUUAAUUCACAUAUAUAGAUAGUGAAAUUAAGAGAUCAAGUACAAAGAGAAAUAGAAGAAGGAGAAGGAGAAAAUGGGAGAUUGGGGGCCAGUGUUUGUGUCUGUGGUGCUUUUCAUUCUUCUCACUCCAGGACUUCUGGUCCAAAUACCUGGAAGAGGAAGGUUCAUAGAGUUUGGUAACUUUCAAACCAGUGGCUUAUCUAUACUGGUCCAUGCUAUCCUCUACUUUGCUCUCGUUUGCAUCUUCAUGUUGGCUGUUGGGAUCCACAUGUACAUGGGGUAAAUCAUCACUUGAUAUAUAUAUACCUACAUGCCCUCAAUAUCCUCAUGUAUACACUUUACAUAGUUUUGUUUCACUUGGUUUGGUUUGUAUUCAGGGAUAAUGUAACUUGUUUUCUUUGUUAUGUCCUUUUCUUUUCUUCCUUCUUUCAAUAAAUUUCUUGGAAGCAAGGGUGUGAAUCAAUGGAACUUCUUGUUUCAGUUUCUAGUGCAA